CGCUGGGCGCGGCCGCGUUUAGUCGGGGAGGACGUCUCGAAAGCGGGUUCUUUCGGAGAGCUUUAAGUGGCUGAAACAAAAGGAAGGGGGGCCGAGAGAGUGUCGCUUUCGCCUUUUUGGGGGAAGAAAGUGCCAAAGGAACCCUUCCCUCCCGGUGUCUGCGGAGCCCCGAAUAGUCCCAAGCGGAGGAAAGCAGAAUGGAAGUGCAGAAGGAAGCGCAGCGGAUCAUGACCAUGUCGGUGUGGAAGAUGUACCACUCGCGUAUGCAGCGCGGCGGCCUCCGGCUCCACCGCAGCCUCCAGCUCUCCCUCGUCAUGCGGAACGCCCGCGACCUUUACCUCUCCGCCAAGCUGGAGGAAGAGGAUGAGAUGGGCGGCGGCGGCGGAGCUGCGGAGGGCUUCGACGGGCAGGAGGCGCAGCUGGUGGACAUGCAAGGGGGGCCGCCCUGCCCUCCAUACUUGGAGGCCCCGCCGCCGACCCCGUUUCCCCAAGCCCACCAGGAAGGGCCUCCUCCACCCAGCUCGCCGCCCGUAGAGGCACCGCCGUCGGCUCUGCGUGGCGCCAAUCCAGAUCCGGAACCUAUGGAGACCCAGGAGGGGCUCCCCAGCGGCCCGCCUGCGCAACCUUCCUCUCAGACGACGUGGAGCCGGAGCGCCCCGAGGCCUCCGGGUGCCGCCAAGCCUAACCGCAAGCGGCGGAGUAGCAGCCUUGGCAAGAUCGGCGCCGCCGAAGCCGGGCUCGUGCCCAGCAAGAAGGCGAAACUGGUGGAAGAGGAAGGCGAGAGGCAGCCGCAGCGCCAAGAGGGACCUUUCCCGAGCUUAGCCAGAGUCUUGCAAGACCGGUUCUCCGGCUUGAUCCUCCCGCCGCCGCCGGCCAAAGGCAGCGACGAGCCCAAGGCGAACUGUAGGCAAGGGGAUGGGGUGCUGAGCAUAAUGGUGAGAGCUGUGGUGGCCUUUUAAAGCGGCCCCCCUGCCAGAGGGACUCGUAGCUGGAACCUUCUCUGUCUCCGGAGGAGGAGAAGCGGAGCCUGCCGAAGCCCUCUCUCCGCAGAGGGGCUGAACACCGCCUCCCACCCCCCCGGCCCCUUCUUCUUGGUGGCGGGGCCUUGGGCGAUUAGGAAGACGCGCAGCGCGGGAGGAGGCUGGUGAGGGACUUGGGGAGCCGGGCGGCGGCGGGGGGGAGAGGGGAGCCGAGCCCUGGGCGGCCCCCCUUCCUCUAUUUCCCCCCCCUCCUUUUCCGGUGGCUUGGGAAGAAGGCGAGACAAAAGGCGGCGCAGGGUCGGUGACCCCAGACGGACGACGGCCCCCCUCCCCGGUUCGGCGAGCAAGCCUGGGACUCUUCUGCUGCUGCUGCGCGGGGGGGGGGAAGAGUGCGGGGCACGACGAGCAGUGGACGCGCCGGCAAGAGCCGCGGUGUUCUCGGACCGAGAUAUAAAAAUACUUUUGGGGGGUGGGGAGAGAGAGAGCACAACCUCUAGGAGAAAAACAAAAGAGAGACUCGCCACCCCCGUUCGUGGCUCUUCUUUAAUCCGGUUUCGGGCGGAAAGCAACCACGGUCUGGACUGAGUGCACUUUGUGGGUGCUCGUUCGAGGAGAACGACGACGUGUGUGUGUGUGUGUGUGUGUGUAUCCUGCCUUCCCUCGACGAAAGCUGUUUUGCCUGUUCUGGCCUGACGUGUUUGUUACUCCCUCCCCCCCUCCCUUUCUUUCUGAAUGGGCUUUGAAAAGGAGGGUCAGGUUUUGGCGGCCGCUCCCCGGAAGGGUUAAGAAAAAGGCCUGCUGCUGAGAGUUGCGGGAGAAGAGCCGCUUUUGUCAAGACCCGCUCCUUGGGCGGGCGGGGAAGAAGGAAUGGGGGGGGGCCUUCGCCUCAGCAUUCUUUUCCUCAGGGCCAUCUCUUUCUUCUUACCUAGUAAUUAAGGUUGAUGAAGUGGCCUAUUUCUUGGUGCCAGAGAAGAUCUCAAAGCCAGAUUAGUCUUGCCUGUGUGUGAGUGUGCGUGUGUGUGUGUGGGUGAGAGCCGGAACAGAAGGAGGAGGGACAAAAACUGCCAGUCAUACUAGUUAUGAUGACACAUCUCUCAUAUGACUAGCAUUUGCAUUACACUGGGUCCAGGAGUGCAGGGGGAUUUCCUGUUCAUGUUGCCUUAGCUCUAUGUGUGUGUGUGUUUGUUCAUACCAACGCUGUUUUUUUAAAGAUGUAGGUGGAGCCCAGAAUUACUGAAAAAGAGGAAGAGGAGUUAGUUUUUUUUUCAUAAGAAGUCAUCUUAAAGGCUUACUUGUGGUUUUCCUAGAUGACUGAAUCUUUUAUAUAUGUGAUACAGCAAGGAGGAUUCUGUUUUUCCCUCUGCAUAAUUUUUUCCUUGCCAUUCCAUGUCUAGCUUGGCUGUUAUUCAUCCAGACAAGAGGAACUGGAGCAAUUAAAUCUGUAUGCAAGUUCUUUUUUAAGUGUUCUGUAAAACAAGUCACUCAGUGGGAUGGAAUUAUGUAAUUUUUUGCCUUUUUAUUCCUGACAUCCUUUUGCUGGGUCUCCAAUCUAUAAAACAAUCCCUGUUGUGUUGGAUUUACCUGUUGUGUCACCUCAAGUGUUUCUAAAAUGUGUGUGGGAGGGAAGGAGAGUGUGCAAAAGAGGGGAGCCUAAUUUUAGGAGUGGGAACAAUUGUGCCAGUGUGUUCUUAAGAUUAUCAUUUUCAAAGUUGGCAGUAAGAUUGAUCAAUGUCAAGGUACUUUGUAUUGCUAACUGUAUAUGUAUUUUAUGUUUUUCCUAUUCUGUUGCCUUGAAGAGGGCAAAAUACAGGCUUGUCUUGAUUCUUUUCUUAAUGGUGUUAAUAUUUUUGGUCACUGAAAUAAAAAAGCAUCUAAUUUUUCUUA